CACCCUUAUUCCUCACCACCAUCGAGCACAACAAACAAAAUCAAUUAGCAACAAAAAGAAAAAAAAAAACAAAAAAAAAAAAUGGCAACUUCAGCAAUUCAACAAUCUGCAUUCAGUGGGAAGACUGCUUUGAAGCCACAAAAUGAGCUGAUCAGGAAGAUCGGCAACGUCGGCGGCGGCCGCUUCACCAUGAGACGUACCGUCAAGAGCGCCCCUCAGAGCAUAUGGUACGGAGAAGACAGGCCCAAGUACUUGGGCCCAUUCUCCGAGCAGACCCCAUCGUACCUCACCGGUGAAUUCCCCGGUGACUACGGAUGGGACACUGCUGGGCUCUCGGCAGAUCCCGAGACAUUCGCCAAGAACCGUGAGCUGGAGGUGAUCCACAGUAGGUGGGCCAUGCUCGGCGCUCUGGGAUGCGUCUUCCCAGAGGUUCUAUCAAAGAACGGUGUCAAAUUUGGAGAGGCAGUGUGGUUCAAGGCCGGGUCACAGAUCUUCUCCGAAGGUGGGCUCGACUAUUUGGGAAACCCUAACCUCGUCCACGCACAGAGCAUUUUGGCCAUAUGGGCCACCCAAGUUGUGCUAAUGGGCUUUGUUGAGGGUUACAGAGUUGGAGGGGGCCCACUAGGAGAGGGGCUCGACAAGGUGUACCCGGGCGGGUCUUUUGACCCGUUGGGUCUAGCCGAGGACCCGGAAGCCUUUGCUGAGUUGAAGGUUAAGGAACUCAAGAACGGGAGAUUGGCUAUGUUUUCCAUGUUUGGGUUCUUUGUCCAAGCGAUUGUCACCGGAAAGGGUCCGAUUGAGAACCUUUUUGACCAUCUUGCCGACCCCGUUGCAAACAAUGCUUGGGCCUUCGCCACUAACUUUGUGCCCGGAAAAUGAGAGUGAACACAAGAUUUGCUUUUGAUGAAGUUGUAAAGUGUGGGAUUUAAUUUGCUUUUGAUGUAAUAGUGGAAUGGUUGGACUUUCAAUUUAAUGUAUAUUUGGCAUCUUUUUUCCUUA